UUGGGCGGCCGAGGCCGGGCGGGGCCCCGCCCCUCGCCCCCUUUGUCCGCGGUUGGGCGCCAUUUUGCGCGGCGGGCGAGUGCGGGCGCUGAUUGGGCUUCGGGGCCCCGCGGCGGAGCCAAUCAGCGCGGGGCGCGGACCGGGCAGCGCGGCACGGGGCUGAGGCACCAUGGAGCAGUACACGACCAACAGCAGCAGCUCCACAGAGCAGAUCGUGGUGCAGGCAGGGCAGAUCCAGCAGCAGCAGCAGGGAGGUGUCACAGCUGUCCAGCUGCAGACUGAGGCCCAGGUGGCAUCGGCCUCAGGCCAGCAAGUCCAGACCCUCCAGGUAGUGCAGGGGCAGCCGCUGAUGGUGCAGGUGAGCGGGGGCCAGCUCAUCACCUCCACGGGCCAGCCCAUCAUGGUGCAGGCCGUGCCCGGGGGCCAGGGCCAGACCAUCAUGCAGGUGCCCGUGUCCGGCACGCAGGGGCUGCAGCAGAUUCAGUUGGUCCAGCCAGGUCAGAUUCAGAUUCAAGGUGGGCAGGCUGUGCAGGUACAGGGGCAGCAGGGCCAGACCCAGCAGAUCAUUAUACAGCAGCCCCAGACUGCAGUUACUGCUGGCCAGACACAGACCCAGCAGCAGAUAGCAGUGCAAGGCCAGCAGGUUGCCCAGGCUGCUGAGGGCCAGACCAUCGUGUACCAGCCCGUGAAUGCUGAUGGCACCAUCCUGCAGCAAGUUACAGUCCCUGUUACAGGCAUGAUCACCAUUCCUGCAGCCAGCCUGGCUGGAGCCCAGAUUGUCCAAACAGGAGCCAACACCAACACCACCAGCAGUGGCCAGGGGACGGUCACGGUGACACUGCCAGUGGCUGGGAACGUGGUCAAUUCAGGGGGAAUGGUCAUGAUGGUGCCUGGAGCUGGCUCCGUCCCAGCCAUCCAGAGGAUCCCUUUGCCUGGAGCAGAGAUGCUGGAAGAGGAGCCCCUCUAUGUCAAUGCCAAGCAGUACCACCGCAUCCUGAAGAGGAGGCAGGCACGGGCCAAGCUGGAAGCAGAGGGAAAAAUCCCCAAAGAGAGAAGGAAAUACCUGCACGAGUCCCGGCACCGGCACGCCAUGGCCAGGAAACGGGGAGAGGGGGGCCGCUUCUUCUCCCCCAAGGAAAAGGACAGCCCUCACAUGCAGGAUCCAAGUCAAACCAACGAAGAAGCGAUGACACAGAUGAUCAGGGUCUCCUAACCCCUGCUUCCAGGGAAAAACACCUGAAGGGAAUUCCCAUCCCUCCUGCCAGCCUGUCCUGCCUGCCCAGAGUGUCCAGUGAAUCCUGGAGUGGGACAAUCUCCAUGCCACAGCCUGUCCUUUUCCACAGAGCAAGCACCACGUGUUGAGGAUGUGCUUGAGGUUUUACCUCUACAAAAAGAACCUUUCAGACUUCCUUGGUGCCCUCUCCUGAUCCAUCCCACACAGGGAAUUUGGAGUCUGAGCGCUCAUCCCUUUGGUUUUCCUUCAUUUUCCCACCUCAAGCUCCGUGGCUGGUGCAGCUCAGCCCUGUCCAGGAACAGAUUCCAGCUCCUGCAGCCAGCCCUGAGUGGCUGCACCACAGGCCUGUGUUUGUCCAGCAGAGAUUUGGUAUUCCAUCCACUCCUCACCCCUUUGGACUUGGUUUUCCCUGAGCUGGGCCCUGCUGUUGCACUUCAGACCCUGGCAGAAACUGAAGGGGAUUCUUUUCAAUUCCACCUUGUAAAUGUGUAAAGAAGCUCUUCUCUGGGAAAGGAUCAGCCAUCCAAUCAAUGCUAGAAAUAGUCAAGAUUACUGCAGGACUUGAUGUGUUGUGUCUCUGUUGCAAGUGGGGUGGGAGAGGGAGAUGUGGGGGGGAUUGGGUCAGUAAAUCAGUCUCUGGGUGGGUUUGGAUGUUCAUUGCCAGUACUUGUUGCUUUGGAAGAAAACUGGAUCCGAGUAUAAAAAGGAUUGAAACUUUCAAGUGAAUCUCUUCCAAAGGAUAUUUUUUUUGCUGUUUUUGUUUUUUAAAUCUUCUUUCUCACCUGCCAGUGAAGACCAUGGUUCCUCCAAGAGACGUGGAGCCCGCAGUGUCAGAGUGGCAGCACUUGUCCAUUGUUGGGGUGGAGUUUCUGAUGCCUAAAUCACUUCUACAAUUCCAGAGUGAGGGAUGAUUCAGGACAGCAGCAGCUGAGGCAGCUCAACCUGAGGUACCUGAAGGACUCAGCAGAUGAAGGCAGAUACUGAUGAACCUUUCAUGCUUUUUAUAAAUUAAGCUCUAAAAAACAAAACAAAAGUGGCACUUAGUAAAGGAGCAAUACUUAUUUAAAAAAUAGGAUUUUUCCGUGAUCUACAGCUGGCUUUGGGCAGAGCAUAUCAACAGAGCUUUAAUUUAGAUUCUAAGCCUGCUCUAUUAUAAUUUGAAUUUUGGUGAUGGGAGCAGUACUUCAAAGCAAUUAACAGGUGAUUUCUCCCCAUUUCACUCCUGUCCCCUCCCACCUUGAUGAGUUACACGGCUGCUCUGGGAAUCAUCUACUUGCUGGAGUCAGAUUUUCUCAUUUUUGUGUCCUGUAGUUCGGACUGGAUCACAGCAGUGAGGUUUGGGGUUGGGAAUGUUGCUAGGUGAAUGUGAACCUGGCCAAGUGAAGCUGAAGAAUGAGGAGUUUUUGAGGAAAUGCAGCCAAGGAUGGAUGAGACUGGGUUAAAUUCAGUGAAUGCUGAUUUCAAGUGGCAAAAAAAGGCAGCUUGAAAAUUAUAUUUCUUCCCUCCCAUGUUUUCCCAUUUACUUACGGGAAGCUUAUGGCUAAAGACAAAGUGGAGGACAGAUAGCAAAUUGUAGAAGACUGGGAGGAUAUAAAAGAACAGAGCCUGGAAAAUUCUAUUUCCUUUGGAUGAAAGAAAAAUACUAAACCUGAGAGUAUAAGAGGGAGAUGAGGGAGGAGAAAUGUUGGAUCCUUGCUGUGAGCGGGCAAUCCUGGAUGAAGAGGGAGCCCUGUCCAGGUUUAAGGAUGCCUUGUGGAAGCAGUGGAAGGACAAGGAGGAGCUGCAGAAGGGGUUUGGAAUUGGCAGCUGGGUCUCUAAAUGCAGCUCAUCUCCUUGGUGUGAAUUCUGGUUCCGUGUCCCUCCCCACGGCUGGAGCUGGGCAGGACACUCAGAGACACCUGCAGGAGGAGCUGGCCUGGCUCCUGGCAGGCAAAUAAACCUUUCUUUCAGCUUUUCUCCCAAGUUAGACCAAUAAUCUGGAACACUGCUCACAAUUCUUAAUUAGGAUUUUUUUCCUCCUGAUUUCAAGGGCAUUUUUAACAUCGAUGGCAUCGCCAGGGCUCUGGUUGCUUCUGCCUUAAAUCCUUGCCCAGUUCCAGCACGGUGCUGGUUUUCCUCUGUUGGCUCCUGAAACCCUCAUGCAGCAUUUCCUCCCCCAUUUCAGGAACGUGCAGCUCUCCUUACGGGAUUUUAGUUGGAUUUGCAGCAUUUCUGUAAAUUAUUUUUGUUAUUUUUUGGAGCAUCUCUACAUUUUGUUGGUGGAAUAUUUGUGUGCUGGAGUAAGAGCCUCUUGAUGAUGUUUUUUGCUCUUCAGUUGAUGAUAAAUCUCUGUCCUGAAACACCUUUUUGAGAGCUGGAAGUUCAGGAAGUAAGAUUAUUGCUAUGACAUAGAUUUUGUUUAAUUUUUUUUUAAAUGAGUAAUUACUUUUCUUAAAGAACUUGUAAACUUUGUCCCAAUAUCCCUUCAUAUCUAAGUUCUCUGAUCCGCUGUUGUAGGUUGCGUGUGAAGAAAUACAGAUUUGUGUUCUAGGAAGUCUUAUUGUUAAUAUUUUAAAUAGUGAUGUGAAAGCCUGAGUGCUUCUGUCAUAUUUUUAUUUGUUUUGUGUUCUGUGUAUCACUGCUGAAAGUUGUGUUUAUUUGGUGAGUUUGGAGCCAGCAGUCAACACCAUGGUACCAAAAUAUCUGCUUUCUUUUCCUGGGAAAUCUGUUAAAAUUGGAGACAUGUCCAGUUCAAACUUCCCCAGUAAUUAAAUUGGAAUUCUUUGUAGAUUGGCUAUACUUGAGCAAAAACUCCACUUUAGGAGUGAGUAAAAGAGUGGGUGAAGAUGAAAGAGGCUUGGGGAGAAAUGUGUUUGAUUGACCCAGAGCAGUGAAGCAUCAAACCCAUCAAAACCCAGAUUUAUAGGAGUGUAAAGAACAGGAUUUGGAAAAAAAAUGGUCCUUAAGUGAUGCUAAACAACUUUAAGGCCCUGCAUGUUAAAAAGAGAGGAAAAAUAAACUUUUCUUUGUGAAGGGGCAUAGGGGGGCCUUGAGCUUAACGUAAUGUCAGGCAAAGUUUGUACAUAGUUCAGAGUUUUUAAUUUUUUUUAUAUGAUGCAUUUUUUCAAGUGUAUUUUGGUCUUUAAUAGAUGCAAUUGUAAGUACUGUGUACACUCUCCAGCUAAUAAAAUUUAUAAACUGA